AUGUCGCCCAACCUAUCCCUCUUCUCCUUGAACGCCAUCCUCCUCCUCUCCACCGACGACCGUACGCGUAUCCUAACGAAAUACUACACUGCCCCGCACCAACCGCCCUCUACGCCGAAAGAUGCUCCCGGCACAAACCCUUACCCGACAGUGAAAGAGCAAAAGGCGUUCGAAAAAGGGCUACUUGAGAAGACGAACAAGAACACGGGGGAUGUGAUAUUGUAUGAUGGGAGGGUGGUGUGCUACAAGAUGGAAGGCGAUGUCAUGAUGUAUGUGGUUGGCGGAGGGGAAGAGAAUGAGAUUCUGCUUUUCCAAGUGAUACUGGCCUUGAGGGAUGCGUUGAGUAUUUUGUUAAAGAAUUCUACGGACAAGCGAACGCUGAUUGAGAAUUACGAUCUUGUUUCUCUCGCUAUUGAUGAGAUAUGUGACGAUGGCAUUAUCCUUGAGGUCGACCCUGUGGUGAUAGCUAGUCGAGUAAGCAGGCCACCGGCGCAGGACGUGCAGCUCCGAGGCGUGGAUUUUAGUGAGCAAGGGCUACAGAAUCUGCUGGAGUUAGGGAAGUCGAAAUUGGCUGAGAGGAUGAGGCAGCUGUGA